GUAAUUCUGGUGCAAGGAUCUGAUAUAUACAAGCUAAUUAAUUCCUUAAAUACCCAUAUAAAUAAAUUUACAGGAGUGGUUUGAGAAACACAACUUUAAAAUUUCAGCACACAAAUCAAAAGCAAUAAUAUUUAGAAAAAGAAGGCAGGCUUAUAACUUCCCACAUUUGAUAUAUCAAAAUAUGGAAAUUCCAUGGAAAAAUGAAAUAAAGUAUCUGGGAUUUCAUUUACAGUGCAAUUUGAAUAUGACAAUUCAAAUUAACGACAUGAUAACUAAAGCAAACAAAGGAAUAAAUGUCAUGAGAGCAAUUUGUGGUACAAAAUGGGGAGCUGACCCGAACAUUCUUUUGAGUUUAUACAAAGGAAUAGUUAGAUCUCAUUUAGAUUACGCAGCCAAUCUUUUAAACCCCUGCAGUAAAAGUUUGAUGAUGAGGUUGGAACAAGUACAGAAUGUUGCCUUGAGAAUCGUAACGGGUUGUCUACGUUCUACACCCAUCUUAAUAUUGCAAGCAGAAUGUUCAGUAACAACGUUACAAGUUAGAAGGGAGAUACUAGCACAUAAAUAUAUACUCAAACAAAUGCCGGAAAAAAACAAUAUCAUAGUAAAGAGUCUAAAUAAGCUAAACGAAGCAAUAAAUGCAAACAAUAGAUUCUGGAGGAACAAGGUCAUACCAGAUUACUCACUAGCAUAUACAAAUAUACUCAAAAAAACAAAAAACAUAAUUAGAUAUAAAAUCAAUCCGAUAUAUGAGGUAGAAAGAAAAACUCUUCUAUACCCCAUUACAAUUAAAAGUCUAGAAUUUGAAAAAUAUGAAAUUGAAUCGAACGAAAGGUUCAUAGCUAAAUAUGGUGGAAUAUAUAAUAAUCAUACCCACGUAUAUACAGAUGGAUCAAUAGACCCACAAACAAAUCAAUCGGGAUUUGGAAUUUACAUCCCAAGCAUCAAUUAUAAAUAUUCGUCACGACUCCAUAACUACACACAAAUCUGCACAACUGAAAUAAUAGCGGUAUACAAAGCCAUGUCGGUAUGUAUUGAAAAGGAAAUCAUGAAAGCAGUGAUCUUUGUAGAUUCAAAAAGUGCCUUAUCCAAAAUAUCUAGUCACAAAUGGGACCAAAUGGAUUAUGUAACUAUAAUGACCAAAAAACUACUGGUAGAUGCAAAUAAUAUGGGAUUUUCAAUACGAUUAGAAUGGGUACCGGGACAUCAGGGGAUUAAAGGCAACGAGGUGGCAGAUAGCUUGGCCAAUAUUGGGAGAGAAUUAAGAGUACCAUAUGAUGUAAAAAACAUCAGCACAGAUAUCUUUUGUGUUACAAAAAAGAACAUCUUGACUCAAUUUUACAAUAACUGGUAUUCCCAAAUUAAAGGUAAAUAUCCGGACUAUUAUGGACUGCAGGAUAGUUUCCCUAUAAAACCUUGGUAUAACAAAUGUGGAUAUUUGGGUAGGAACAAUAUUACUAACCUUAAUCGUUUACGAAGUGGACAUUGCAAAACUCCUUGUUAUCUCCACAAAAUAGGCAAAACGGAAACACCGAUAUGCGAAUGCGGUACUAUGGGAACAUUGGUACACAUCAUCUUUGAGUGCCCCAUAAAUAAACAUAAAGAUAUGGAUUUGUAUCUAGAACUAAUAAAAGCUGGAAUAGACAGUCCAAUAUCUUUACAGAGCAUUUUAUAUAAACCCUCGAAUAAAGUUAUUAAGAUAAUCAAUAAAUUUAUCAAAUUUUUUCAAGUAGAUCUAUAGAAUUUUCAAAAAAUAAUAAUAAUAACAAUAACAAUAAAUAAAUACUUCAGAAAAUACAGGGAAUCUCCUAAAAUGUCAAAAAUUAUAUUGGUAUCCUUAAAAUCCUUAAUCCUAACCGAAGGUAGCCAGCCCUAAACCUAUGUGAAAAUGUUUGGAAGCUACCCCCAAACGAGAAAAGUCUUAAGUUAACCUUAAAUGUUGUAAUACUUUUCCCCCUCUAUCUACAGAAAAACAAAAACAAGAAGAAGGACAAGGACCACAUAGGACCAAAAAAAAAAAAUAGAUCUGAAGUUGACAGGACACCUGGUUGUGCAUUGCCUUGAGCAAGACGCGCAUAACCAAUAACAUGUACUGGGUAAAUGAUUAAAAAAAAAUCGAAACCCAAAAAAAAAG